AUGGCCUCUCGCGGGGACCAGUAUCAACAGCGGCAGCAGCUGCAGCGGCCACAGCAAGCACCUUUACAAGCUUCGCCGGAACAACAACAGACAGGACAGACAAAGCAGCGUAGUUACAGCAUUCAAUCUCAGAAAACCCAUCGCAGUAGUGGGAGCAAGCACGAUUUCCACGAGACCCACGAGGAAAAGGAAGCUAGACGAUUACACAGCAAAGCUGAUCCCACAUUAGCUAUGAACGAAGCUGAGCCAUCCAUGGUCGCGGCCAUGAAGUCGGAACGGACUCAAAUCUCUCUUCGCGCAAUACAGCACAAGGAUACCUGGGGGAACCCCAUCGCGGAUCCGGACAGAUCAAACCCAACCAGAAACCGAUGGGAGCGGCCGUUGGACACGAUCCGUAGCUUUGAGGCUGCCAUUGACGGUGGCUAUCAGCACACUGAGUCAGUAGCAAACUGGAAUAGACGGAGCAGUGUCCAAACUGCGAACCAGCCACGAUUCCCUCAAGACAGUUACUACGGCGGCCGACCUGUUUCGUUCAGGGGAGAUAGCCAGUAUGGACUGCCCACACCUGCAACGGCAAGGAACAGCGUCUACGACAAUCCAAAUGCAGGCGGCGGCUACAAUAAUAGUGGCUAUGACAGAGGAUAUGCGGGAAGUAGGCACAUGUCUCGGGAUCGCAGCCAAAGGGUGCAAUCCGAGUCGCAUCACCAGAUGUACGGGCGCGAGCAGGGUGUUUAUCCUAUGCCUCACAAGGACAGGUCAUAUGAGACUGUAACAUCCGCUGCACCUAGCGGUAGCUCAGACCCUGCCGGCUAUCAGACGGACCCUACGUCCAGCGACAACAGCUCGAUCGACAGGAUAUCACCAGCGAAGCGUUCUGAGCCCGUCAAUGAUUAUGGCAUCGGAUUCAGUCAGACAAAUGCGUACGAUGUUCAAAACUUCUCUGUCGGCAAGCAGGUUAAGAACCAUUCUCUGCCGCCACUGCCACCUCCUACGGAGCCCCAGGCGGCUACUCCCCCCCAAUCUGUGCCUCGCAAAGGGUCUCUUUUGCGACGAAAAAUAUCACAAUCAAGUGCCAAUCCAGAGAAGCAGAAGAGCUGGUUUAGCCGUCGCUUUAGCAAAAACAGCUAG